AUGGGAAGAAAGAAGAAUCAUCAUGGAGGAGGAAAGAUUACCUUUUCUCUUGCUCAAUUUCAAGGUCAAGUGCACGCAGAGACUGAAUUGUUAAUUUCCGAGUCUUUUGGUGGUCGUCUUGAAGAAUUGGAAACCACAUCAACCAAAACAACAACCAUAAUCACUACUACUACUACUACUCCACUUCACGGGAUCGAUGAGAAGGAUGAAGAAGUGAAUCAUCGAGUUGUAGAUUCUAUUGAAAGGUUGAAACACAGUAACAGCACCUCCUCCGAGUGGAAUGUUGAAAAGACUCAUCAACUCAUUGGACAAUUAGAUCAUCAUCAUCAUGACGAUCAUUAUCCUUCGUACAGUGUGGGUGAUUUUGCUAAUCAUGGUGAUGGCGAACAAGAUUUAGAGGCGGACCUUCGUUUAGCUCUUGCUUUACAAGAAGAAGAAGAUUAUGCAUUUGCUUCUCAUUGUGCAACGAGAGAAUAUGAAAAGUAUCAUCCAAUGCGAGUGGCAGUCAAUCCAGGAGGUGGCAUUCAAAUUGGAGGCAAUUCUGGCUUUGAUUUACAGCAGAGAUGUACUCGAGCGAAUCAAUUGAAAGUCAUGGUCGUGGAAGAUGAAAGUUACAUUCGAAAGAAUCCAAAUAUUCAACACAACUCAACCAGGAGAAGUAGUUAUAGUGGCGUGGGAGGUGCUUGUAAUAUGCUGUUUGAUGAUUAUGAAUUGUGUGGCGAUGAUGAUUCUUUGUAUGCCAUGAUGAAUGGUGGUGACUUUGACGAUGAGGACUAUGGCGACUAUGAGGAAGAUGAUAAGGACGAAAUGGAUGACUAUGAUGAUAAUAAUUAUGAAAACUUUUUCGAUCGUAUGGAAGACGAUCUAGGUUUUGAUGAUCAUCAGCAAGAAGAGUCUUCCUACAAUCAUACGCUUGAACCGUCGUCUGAAGUGCCGUUGACAAAUAGUCAACCAGAAAGAAGCAAAAGUCUUGAAGAAACCUCAAUACCUGUAAAUAUUAAGAAAAAGAAUUCACAAGCAAGCACUCAUUCAAAGUUGAUCAAUGCUGCAAGUCAAAGUUAUGAUAGUGGAUCACAUUCGUACGACAAGAAAAAGGAAGGCCGUCUUCCUAAAAAGAACUACUUAGAAAAUAAUACUGUCAAUCGUGUGGUCAUACCGUCACAUGUGAGAAGUGCCAUUCACGCCAGUGAAAGAAAACAAAUUGAAAAAAAGAUUAAGGAGGGUAACAAGAUGGAAGAUAGAGCCACUGUUGAAGGAGUUAUGGACAAGAAAACUCGAAUGAUGCUCUACAAGUUCAGAAAUAAUGGUACUCUCGAUUCCAUCAAUGGAUGUUGCAGUACUGGAAAAGAAGCCAACGUUUAUCACGCCACAGCAGGACAGCCAUUUGAGGGAAAUGUCAUUGAGAAUAUUCCUGGAGUUUCGACGACAUGUCAAGGUGGGGAAGAGGCGUCUCCCAACGCCUGCAAUAAUGAUGAUGAAAACAUGUUGAGAUCUGAUCUUGCCAUCAAAAUUUACAAAACAAGUGUGUUGGAGUUCCGCGAUAGAGAUCGUUAUGUGACCGGAGACAGAAGAUUCAAACAUGGCUAUUGUAAAAGUAAUCCAAGAAAGAUGGUUGGUGUAUGGGCAGAGAAGGAACUUCGUAAUUUGAAACGUAUGGAUGAAGUGGGCAUUCGAGUGCCCAAAGCUAUUGCUCUCAAACAACACAUUCUCAUUAUGGAGUUUAUUGGUAAGGGUGGAAGAUGUGCUCCAAGAUUGAAAGAUGCAAACAUUCCAACCUCAAGACUCAAACCACUCUACUUGGAUAUUAUCAAAACAAUGCGAGCCAUGUAUCACAAGGCCAAACUGAUUCAUGCUGACCUUAGCGAGUACAAUAUUCUUCUGUACAAAGGCAUUCCAUAUUAUAUCGAUGUGUCACAGAGUGUGGAGCAUGAUCAUCCUCACGCCCUAGAAUUUUUACGUAAAGAUUGUGAAAACAUUAAGAACUUUUUCGAACGAAAAGGUCUAGGUCUGAAUGAAAUUUUGACCACUAAAGGAACUUUUCGACUUUGUCACCGAUGUAAAUAUUAG